AUGAAGCCUAUGCAACCUCCGUACCCUAGGGGAUAUGAUGCAGAGGCCAAAUGUAGUUAUCAUGGGGGAGGCGUUGGUCACUCGACUGAGAGGUGUCUGGCUUUUAAACACAAAGUACAGGCUCUAAUCGACUCUGGGUGGUUAAAGUUUCAAGAAGAUAAACCUAGCAUCGAGACUAACCCGCUUUCUGGGCAUGGGAGUGCCUCGACGAAUGCCAUCGAGGAUGAAAAACAUGAGUUGAUAAGAGACGCGAGUGAAAUCCGAAGUUCCAGAAAGUUUAUCUUUAAGGCGCUGAUAAAAGUGGGCCUUUUAAAAGAUGAUUAUGACGAGGAUGUAACGUGUGCGCUUCAUCCGGAUGAUGGGCACUCUAUUGAGGAAUGUGUUGAAUUUGAAGAUUUUCUGCAAGACUUGCUGGAUAGAAGUUUGAUGCAAGUAUGCUACAAGGAUAAGGAGGGGGAAGUGUUCACACAAAUUGGCGGGGAAUCCGACGUAACUCUGCCUGAGCCGUUGGUGAUCCAUUUCACUAGAACCACCCAUGCGCCAGUGGCUGAAGAAAAGUCGUAUGUCGUCAUUCGGGCGCCAUCUCCUUUUCCUUACAAAAACGAGAAGGCUGUCCCUUGGAUGUAUGGAGCACAUGUGUUAGAUGAGGUAAAAGGCGCACAUUCGGCCAUUGAAAACAUAACAGGCAUAGGUGGGAUGACGAGAAGUGGUCGAAUCUUCGCGUCACCAAUGGUGACAAGAGAGGGAACCAAUGAUAAUGAAACAACAAUGACCGCAAAAGCCAAGGAGGUCUUAAAAGGAAAGUGCGCGCAGGUAGAGGAGACCCCUGACGAGGAGGAAAAGAAAGAAAUAUUCGAAGAAGAGGCCUGCGAAUUUUUAAAAUUCAUUCAACAGAGUGAGUAUAAGGUGGUGGAACAGCUGAACCGCAUGCCUGCUAGGAUUUCCUUGUUAGAAUUGCUUAUGCAUUCUACCUUUCACAGAAAGUUGUUGAUGAAGGUACUUAGUGAGGCUCAUGUUGAGCAAGGUAUUUCGUUGAACAAGUUUGAGGGCAUUGUUGGCAACAUUAUCGCUAAUAACUACCUCACCUUUACUGAUGAGGAGAUACCCGCUGAGGGGAGAGGGCAUAACAAGGCUCUUCAUGUCUCUGUGAAAUGUUUGGAUCACGUUAUAGCACGUGUCUUGGUGGACAAUGGCUCCUCUCUGAACGUCAUGCCAAAAUCGACAUUGGAGAAGCUACCCUGUGAUGGAAUGCAUAUGAAGCCAAGCUCCAUGAUUGUGAGAGCGUUUGAUGGCAAUAAGAGGGUAGUGAUGGGAGAAGUUGAAUUGCCAGUCCAAGUCGGUCCUUGUGUCUUUCAAGUGACAUUCCAAGUUAUGGAUAUCCUCCCGGCGUAUAGCUAUUUGUUGGGUCGCCCAUGGAUCCAUUAUGCAGGAGUUGUGCCUUCCACACUACACCAAAAGCUGAAAUAUGUCAUGGGAGAUAAGUUGGUGAUAGUAUCAGGAGAGGAGGACCUCCUUGUGAGCGGACCAUCGUCCACGCGAUAUAUUGAGGUGGCUGAGGAAGCUCUUGAAACGGCUUUCCAGUCAUUGGAGAUUGUGGGAAAUGCCUAUGUGGAGCCAUUCCCAGUAAACUCGCAUUUGUCACGUGCUUCUAUCAUGAUGGCCAAGGUCUUGCUGAAAGAGGGGUAUAUGCCUGGUAGAGGUUUAGGCAAGCAUGGGCAGGGGCGAACUUUCCCCCUAAAGGUCGUUGAGAAUAGAAACAGAUAUGGCCUAGGGUACAAGCCCACCAAAGAGGACAAGAGAAGGCUGAUGGAAGAAAGGAGAGAGCGCGGUCUGGCUCGUGUAGAAAGGCGAGAACCCAGGUUGGAAAGGAUUCGUAUUCGUGACAUCAAGGAGAGCUUUCGUAGUGCUGGAUGGAUCAACGCGGGCCAUAUAGCAGCCGUGGAGGAUGAAGAUAGCUUUGAAUGCUCAAGUUUCGUGCGGGCUUGCUCCCUAGGCGCACCACUCAACAAUUGGGAAACUCUGAGUUUACCCGUGAUGCUUAAUUUGAAUAAAAUAUAUGACAAUGAAAGUUUUGAAAAUAACAAUGUCAAUAUUCCUAAUUUUGAGCACCCUGUCGAUAAUACGGAAGAUGAUUAUGAAGAUGAUCCGGAACCCUCUCCAGAGCUCUUGAGAUUAGCGGAACAGGAGUCUAAAGAGAUAAAACCCCAUCAGGAAGAUGUUGAAGUACUCAACUUGGGAGAGGAAGAAGAGAUAAAGGAAGUAAAAAUCGGUUUGGAUACCGAUAUUGUGCAACACAAGCUCCCACUUAAACCGGAAUACCUUCCAGUCAAGCAAAAACUAAGAAGAAUGAAACCAGAAAUGUCAUUGAAAAUCAAGGAAGAGGUACAGAAACAAUUCAACGCAGGAUUUCUGGCUGUGGCGAGAUACCCACAAUGGGUAGCAAAUAUUGUACCAGUGCCUAAGAAAGAUGGUAAAGUUCGAAUGUGCGUUGACUAUCGUGAUUUGAAUCGUGCAAGUUCGAAGGAUAACUUCCCGUUACCACACAUCGACACUUUGGUUGAUAAUACGGCCAAGUACUCGUUAUUUUCAUUCAUGGAUGGUUUCUCGGGGUAUAAUCAGAUUAAGAUGGUGCCUGAGGACAUGGAAAAGACGACCUUCAUCACGUUGUGGGGGACUUUUUGUUAUAAGGUGAUGUCUUUUGGACUCAAGAAUGCCGGGGCAACAUAUCAAAGGGCGAUGGUGACAAUUUUUCAUGAUAUGAUGCACAAGGAGAUCGAAGUUUAUGUGGAUGACAUGAUUGCAAAGUCUGAAUCGGAAGAAGAACACAUCCUCAACUUGAAGAAAUUAUUUGAGAGGUUGAGAAAGUAUGAACUCAGGUUAAACCCCGCCAAAUGCACAUUUGGAGUGAAAUCCGGGAAGUUGUUGGGUUUUGUGGUUAGCCAAAAGGGGAUAGAAGUGGAUCCUGACAAAGUGCGAGCGAUAUCUGAAAUGCCUAUGCCUAGAACGGAGAAGGAGGUUCGCGGUUUUCUGGGUAGAUUGAACUACAUUGCUAGAUUCAUCUCCCAAUUAACCGCUACCUGUGAACCAAUGUUCAAGUUGCUACGAAAGAAUCAGGCUGUGGUUUGGAACGAGGAUUGUCAGGCCGCUUUUGAAAAGAUCAAACAAUACUUGCAAGACCCACCUGUGUUGCGUCCACCCGAGCCAGGAAGACCACUCAUUUUGUAUUUAACUGUAUUGGAAAAGUCAAUGGGCUGUGUAUUGGGUCAACAUGAUGAAGCUGGAAAAACAGAGCAUGCAAUAUAUUACUUGAGUAAGAAAUUCACAGACUGCGAACAACGAUAUUCAUCGCUAGAGCGAACUUGUUGUGCAUUGGCAUGGGCUGCCCAUCGCUUAAGGCAAUACAUGUUGAGUCACUCUACCUGGUUGAUAUCCAAGAUGGAUCCUAUCAAGUUUAUUUUUGAAAAGCCUGCUCUCACUGGAAGGAUAGCUCGGUGGCAGAUGCUAUUGUCAGAAUAUGACAUCGUAUAUGUUACUCAGAAAUUCGUCAAGGGUAGUGCUCUAGCGGAAUACCUGGCUCAUCAACCCAUUAGCGAUUAUCAACCAAUGCAACCUGAAUUUCCCGAUGAAGACAUCAUGGCUCUACUCGAAGAGAACGGAGAAAACCGAGACGAAAAAGCAUGGACGGUAUUAUUCGACGGAGCCUCGAAUGUGAUGGGACAUGGAAUAGGGGCAGUGCUUGUUUCUCCAGGGAAGCAGUACAUACCAAUGACAGCAAGGUUGUGUUUUAAUUGUACGAAUAACAUCACAGAAUAUGAGGCUUGUGCUAUGGGUAUUCGAGCGGCGAUCUAG